GGCGACUUCUCUUUCAAAGGAAAGGUUACAUAGCAGAUGACUGGUCGGGUGAUGGUAUCUUCUUCCCCCACAGGAUGUGGAGUGAUUUAAGUUACACCUUUCUAGCCAUGUUUCGCAUUUGAAGCCGCAUGAGGAAUGGUUUCUCUCUGUUGGGCAAAUCUCCUUUGGCAGUUUAUCACAGUCUAGAAGAGCUCCUGUUUAGGGCAAAUCUCCUUUGGCGUUGAUUAUCCAGAAUAAAUACUAGUUUGAGCAAAAGCGUCCAUUAUAAGCAAACUAGCUAUUCUGGAAUAUUAAUUGUGGUCAAUAUAAGUGGCAUAUUCUGCUUUGUCGGGCAAAUCUCCUUUGCAAGGGAAGAGGCUUGUGCUUUUUCUUUUUUGGGGCAAAUCUCCUUUGGAAAGAAAGAUUUCACUUGCUAUGCAGGGCAAAUCUCCUUUGGCAACUUGUACAUGAAUUCUCUAUCGAGGGCAAAUCUCCUUUGGCAGUGACAGAAUCAGAUACAGGUCAAACUCCUGUAUCUUUUAUCUGGGCAGUUCUCCUUUGGCAUCAAGUUCUUGGGCUUAUCAAACAUAACGGCAUAUUGGUGAUAAAAAACCAGUUGGUGUCUUGUACGUUGAGUUUACUUAUUGUGAUAUCAUAAAAUUGUCUUUGAAGAAGUAAGUUCGACCAUAAAAUUUUUGGUUCUGUAUUAGUGGCUACCUAUUUGUCUCUACAAAUCAAUUUGACUUCUGAAAACAAACUUAGAGGAAUUACUGGCACCUCAUACAUUAUUUGGAAGAUUAUCUUGUGUAGAAAGAUUGGCCUGGUGCUUAUAUCAGAAUUUUUAGCUCGCGUGCCAUCUAUUCAGUCCCUUAUUAAUUCUAAACAGGAAUUUAAAAGAUGGAUAUGCUUGAUAUUGACUCAGACAGUGAGACCUACACAGAUACCAGUGACAGUGAGGACCAAGAUGACACUGAAUCUGCAUUUCGUGGGCAUGCUCAGAGCAUCCUGUCAAGUCUGGAUGAGAGCAUUGGGAAAAUCGAUGACUUUCUCACAUUCGAAAGAGGCUAUGUACAUGGUGACAUUGUCUGCUCCGUCACAGAUCCCUCAGGGCAGUUAGGCCGGGUCAUGGAUGUUGAUAUGAUCGUAGAUUUGGAGACGAUUUCUGGUGAACUGAUAAAGGAUGUAAACAGCAAGAAGCUUCUUAGGGUCAGGUCCUUUGCACCUGGAGACUACGUGGUUCAUGGGUCAUGGCUUGGAACGGUGGAGAGAGUAUUUGAUUUGGUUACAAUUUUGUUCGACGAUGGGGCACAGUGUGAAAUAUUGGUGAAAGACUCAGAAAUUUUAACGUCUCUUCCUCUGGACAUUUUCGAAGAUGCACCAUACCCAAAUUAUCCAGGUCAGCGUGUAAGGACUAACAUUCCAACAAUUUCCAAAUCAGCGAGAUGGUUGUGUGGCUCAUGGAAGGUGAGUCGAGAUGAAGGCACUGUUUGCCAUGUGGAAGUAGGAUCAGUGCAUGUUAAAUGGAUUGCUUCUGUCAUGAAUGCUCGGGGCAUCCAUUCAUCAACUCCUCCUCAUUACCAAGAUCCAACAAACCUUACUUUGCUGUCUUGUUUUGCAUAUGCUAAUUGGCAACUUGGUGAUUGUUGUAAUCUUCCAGUGGAUUACUUUCAUGAUACACAGAUGAGUGCUGAAAAGUCAGCACCUCUGAAUGCUGCCCCGAAUAACCUUACCAAAAUGCAGAAGGAAUUAGGAGUAAAUGGUCAAGACUUUAAGCAGAUGUAUGUCAUUGCAAAGAUCAAGAGCAAGGUUGAUGUCCUGUGGCAAAAUGGCGAGCACGCAUUUGGUAUAGACCCACAAACCUUAUUCCCAGUGAACAAUAUUGGUGAUCAUGAUUUUUGGCCAGAACAGUUUGUGUUGGAGAAGAUCAUAUCAGAGGAUGUGCAUGUUCCAAGGAUUCAACGCCUUGGGAUUGUGAAAAAUGUGGAUGCACAUGAACGGACUGUGAAUGUGAAAUGGAUAGCCCCUGAAGUUAAACAGGCUGUUGAUUUUAGAUGUGCAUCUAGUGUGGAGAUGGUUAGCGCUUAUGAACUGGUUGAAAAUUCUGACAUAUCCUUUUGCAUUGGUGACAUUGUGUUCAGACAUGUUCCAUGUUUUGAUUAUAUAGAAAAUAAUCUUGAGGUCCAUGGUUUUGGGCAGAGACAGAGGCAUAAUCUACCUGAGCAAGCACUAAACAGUACACUUGCAGGAAAAGAUGCUCUUCAAAAGAAGCACGUUGGUGAAACUCAUGAAGAAAAUUUUCAAGGUUAUUCAUCGUAUAUAGGCAAUGUCAUUGGUUACAAGGAUGAAGGUAUUCAAGUAAGAUGGGGUAGUGGUAUCAUAUCCAAGGUUCAGCCAUUUGAAAUAUUUGGAUUGGAUAGGCUUCUUGAUCCUGCUUCAACACCAUUAUCUCUUGAGGAAUAUGUUCCUGCAAAUGUCAGUAAGGAAACAGCUGAGCAAGAGAAACAAUUAGUGCAUAAGAAAGAAAAGAAGAUUGUAAACAAUGCCAGUGAAGAUCGCAUAAAGGAUGUGUGGAAAACUACUGUUUCUUUGUUUCCCCGAGCAGCUUUUGGAUUCCUAACAAAUGUCGCUACAAGUCUAUUUGGCUCUCGUGGUUCCACUUCUCUGUCUGGCUCAAAGAAAGAUGCUGAAUAUGAGAUUCUGGAGACAAAAGAACUUCAAUUGGAUCUAGAAGAUUUAGAUCCAAAAAGUUUGAAGCCGCCAAUAGAAAAAGCUAAACAAAGUGAACAACCAACAUUUUUACCAGGCAAUGACAGACCAGGAAUCUUCACGCAAUUUGAUACUGUUGAUGAUUGCUCAGAUCAUCAUUUUCUGAAUGGUAUUGGUGGUGGCUGGGUAUCAUCCCAGGGAACUAGAGGUUGGUUGAAGAAGGUACAAGAAGAAUGGAGCAUCCUAAAGAAAGAUCUACCAGAUAGUAUUUAUGUCAGAGUUUAUGAGGAAAGAAUGGAUCUCUUGAGGGCAUCGAUUGUUGGAGCACCUGGAACUCCCUACCAUGAUGGCCUCUUUUUCUUUGAUAUCUUCUUUCCUCCUGAUUAUCCUCAUGAACCACCUCUGGUUCACUACAACUCUGGCGGGCUUCGGUUGAACCCGAACUUAUAUGAGUCGGGAAAGGUCUGUCUAAGCCUUCUCAAGACAUGGAUGGGUACUGGUACUGAAGUCUGGAAUCCUGAAAGCUCCACCAUUCUUCAAGUACUGCUAUCGAUUCAGGCCCUUGUUCUCAAUGAGAAACCAUAUUUCAAUGAGGCCGGAUAUGACAAACAGAUGGGUAGAGCUGAGGGUGAGAAGAAUUCCAUCACGUAUAAUGAGAAUGCUUUUAUAUUGUCAUGCAAGUCAAUGUUAUACCUCUUGCAGAAGCCGCCUAAGCAUUUCGAGGCACUUGUGGAGGAGCACUUUACUCGUAGGUCACAUCACAUUCUUGUUGCCUGCAAAGCUUAUUUGGAUGGUGCCCAGGUUGGACAUGCUUACAAAUGUGGAAAGGUGGCAGAUGAAGGUCAUAAGCACUGUUCCCAUGGUUUCAAGAUCAUGCUUGCAAAGCUUUACCCAAAGCUUGUAGCGGCCUUCAUGGAAAGGGGGAUCGAUUGCAGUCAGUUUCUUGAUGAAGUUAAUCAAUUUCCUGGUACAAAUUGCCCUGAUUCACCUGGCUUGCCUUGCACUGGGACCAUCGAAGGGGUUAGAUCUGGGGUUGAGGCCGGUGGUGAUGGAAGGUGGGGACUAGAUGUGGAGAAUGAUGUAGGUGCUGGGCUCACUCCAAGCCUUGCUAGCAACAAUAGGGUCAUUACUGGUGCGUUAGAAAUAGAGGUUUUGGAGGGCCCAUCAGAGGGUGUUCAUGCUCUCCUCAUUGCCAUUGACGGCAAGGACCAAAUAGUCGAGGUCACGGGUCGCCGUGGCGAAGGCCGGGGAAAAAGGGAGAUGGAUUCCCAAAGAACGCUGCCCUGUCCAAAACGCUUGCCGAUGGCGACUCUCUCGCUGCCUCCUUCCCCGCCCCCCAAGAAUUCUUGGGCGACUGUUAGGGUCCCUUCGAUCCCUCGCCCAUGGAUCCUUCUCUUUCUAGCAGCCCUCUUCCCUUCCUCCACCGUCUCCUCCUCCGCCGCCGCCGACAUCUCCUACGCCGACCACUGCGGCUCCAUCGUUCCCGAAUCCGACCCGGAGAACUUCCUCGUCGACUUCCCAGGCGCCCUCGGGCUCUCGAACGGUUUCUUCACCGGCCGGCACCGGAUGUUCGGCGACGACCGCGACGCCCCCUUCCCCGUCACCACGUCCUUCUACUUCCAUGCCAAAUCGCUCGACCCGGACCGGUUCCCCGGCGUUCUCCGGGUCGGCGGAACCCUAAUCAUCCGCGGUAGGUGGCACCGCGUCACCCGCCGGAAUCUCACCGAGGGCCGCUCCCUGCUCCACCGAAUCCGGCCGCGGUUUCCCAGGACCUUGGCACUGAAGGAUCGCGCUACCAUUGAUCUCCAUGGCUUCUGGUCUGAGGACGUGGGGAAGCUCUGCAUGGUGGGAGCUGGCCAUGGACGCUUGGGAGAAGGUAAACUUCUCUCCAUCACUGCUAUUUUUAAGCUCAACUACCCGAAGAUCUCGAACAUUUCUUCUAGUCUGGUUAGUGGGACUUUGGAGAGCUUGGACGUUGAUAACAGCUCAAAUCACUUCGAUCCCAUUUCGGUUAUAGCCUAUGCUCAGAAUAAGUAUGAGUUCACGCAGGUCUCCCCGGCUCAGAAAUCGUGUUCCAGGGUGAAUGAUCAGGAGGAGUCUUUAGGGCUUGAUUCUGGUUCCAUUUGCACUAAUCUCCAGAGGUAUUUGAGAUGGCCAUUUGUGAUGGAGUAUGGAGGCCAAUGCUCCAGUGGACGUUGUGUUCCUUUAACUAAAAGUUUAGGGUUUUCCCUAAAAUUUAUGUCUUUGAACCUAAUCCAGUGUUUGGAUGAUGGGAAAUUACAUAUGUAUGUAGAAUUCUCCAACGACACUAGCUUCGAACAUAGGAGACUUUUGGUGCCUGAGAAGACAUUGGUUGCUGAGGGUGUUUGGGAUCGAAAGAGGAAUAGGCUCUGCCUUGUUGCUUGCCGUAAAGUGAUUUCUAGCAAUUCCUUAGCAGUGAAUAUGUCUGUUGAUGAUUGCACAAUUAGGAUGAGCUUUUGGUUCCCUGCAGUGUGGUCAAUUGAGAGUCGGAAUACCAUUGCUGGGCGAAUGUGGAGUGACCAAAAUGAGAAUGCUUCUGGUUACUUCGACACAGUUUUUUUCCGGAACACUGAAAAGGAUUGGACUACUCUUCCAGUUCCUGGAAUGAAAUAUAACUACACUAAGAUAGAUGCGGCGAGUAAGUCCUGUGUAAAGGGCAGUUUGUGGAAUUUGAGUAAAAAGAAAUACCCUGUUUUGAAGUAUUUCGAAGAUUUUAGAUUUUAUAUUUCCGUGAGAAAUGCUGAGGGAAAGCGUACAAGGGGUUCUGCAAUGCCAGUGUCAAUUGGUGAGACAUUUGAUGAUGGAGGGAACCCAGAGCUUUUGCCUGCAGUGAAAGAGACAAAUCAUAGCCUUCAGAAUGUGAGCUACAAGAUAAAUUUUAUGUUUUCCGGUUCAUCUUCAUAUAUGAGCAUGCCAACAGAGAUCUCAGCAGAAGGAGUAUAUGAUGCUCAAACAGGGUCGCUCUGCAUGGUGGGUUGUAGGUAUCUGGAUUCCUCAGUGGUUGAAAAACAAGAGAAAACUGGCAUCGCGGUGGACUGUGGUAUUCUCAUCAGUAUCCAGCUUGCUCCCUUGAAUCCGAAGGAUGGUGACCAUCUUUCGGGCACGAUUAGGAGCACAAGAGACAAGUCAGACCCACUUUUCUUUGAACCUUUAGAGAUUAUGCCAAUGGGAAUGAACAGGAAUCGAGCAAUUGAGUCAAUCUGGAGAAGGAAAAUAGAAAUUACAAUGGUUCUGAUUUCUCUCACGCUUUCAUGUAUUUUCAUUGGGUUGCAGCUCUUGCAUGCGGUGAAGAAUCCAGAAGUGCUUCCUACCAUAUCUAUGGCAAUGCUUGUCAUUCUUACUUUGGGCUACAUGUUUCCCUUGGUUCUGAACUUUGAGGCUUUGUUCAUGAGCCGUAACAAGCAGAAUGUGUUAUCGUGGAGAGGUGGGUGGCUUGAGGUUAACGAGGUUAUAGUAAGAGUCAUAACGAUGGUAGCUUUCCUAUUGCAGUUGCGUUUUCUUCAAGUUGCAUGGACUGCAAGAUCAGCAGAUGAGGGCAAAAGGGACCUGUGGUUGGCUGAGAGGCAAGCUCUUCAGAUUUAUUUGCCUUUGUAUCUGGCUGGGGGACUGAUUGCUUGGUUUAUGCGCGUGAACAGUAAUCAGACUUCACACCGACAGCCACUUUUGACUGCUGCAAACCAUCAUUCAUUCUGGGAAAAUCUAGUAUCGUAUGCUGGAUUGAUUUUUGAUGGAUUUCUGCUGCCUCAAGUUAUCUUCAACAUUUUCUCAAGCUCUAAGGAUAAGGCUCUUGCCCCAUCCUUUUAUGUUGGAAUCACUGCGAUUCGGGCACUGCCUCAUGUGUAUGAUGCUUAUAGGGCUGGUCAUUAUGUGCCCCUUCUCAACUCAUCCUAUAUAUAUGCCAGUCCAAAUGAAGACUUCUAUUCCUUAGCUUGGGAUAUCAUCAUUCCUUGCACAGGAGUGCUACUUUCAGGGCUCAUAUACUUGCAGCAACGAUUUGGUGGUACUUUCUUUCUUCCUUGGAAGAAAAGGUCUGGAGGAUAUGAAACAGUUCCUGCAGUUACUUCCUCAGAUGUUCGAUGAAUAUUGUUGAAGGAAUGUGCCAUCGCAAUAAAAGGUAUGUUUAGCUGCUUUAACUCUUCCUUGUUUUGAUGAGUCACUUUAAGUCUUUCUUCAGUGUCCACCAUUAAAUCAGUCUAUUAUUGUGCAUGAAAAGUAACUAGAAUGCUGCAUGUAUUUUUUAUUAAAAAAAUAUUGAUAAAAUAUUAAUAAAAUUUGUUUUAUAUCCCUAA